AUGGUACCGCCCUCAGCCAUAGAAACCAUCACGGAGCCCGUGACCCAGACCAAUGCCUAUCUCCGCCUCCAUCCCGCAGGGACAGGCAACUACACUGACUUCAGCAGCGGCAACAAUUACAAGCGGGAGAAGGAGGAGCAGGGCGGAGAUGGCGUGAAGCCCGCCUCAUAUCCCAACUACCUACCCACAUGGGACCCCAAGCAGAAAUACCCACCCCUGGAGCACUUUGAGCACUAUGAGCACGGCAAGGAGGCCGAUCCAUCCUUCCCCAACCUCCUGCCGUCCGGCACCAGAAUCACCGAUCUCACGCCCACCACCGGCACAGAGGUCGACGGCAUCCAGCUGAGCAGCCUGAGCGACGCUGGCAAGGACGAGCUCGCCCGCUUCGUCGCCGAGCGCAAGGUCGUCGCCUUCCGGAACCAGGACUUUGCCGGCCUACCCAUCGACCAGGCCCUCGAGUACGGCGGCUACUUUGGCCGGCACCACGUCCACCCGACCUCGGGCUCGCCCGCGGACCACCCGGAGAUCCACCUCGUCCACCGGGCCGCCGGCGACGAGCUGCUCAACACGCUGCUCGACACGCGGACCAGCUCUGUGGCAUGGCACAGCGACGUCACGUACGAGCAGCAGCCGCCCGGCACCACCUUCCUGUACAUCCUCGACAGCCCGGACACGGGCGGCGACACGCUCUUCGCCAACACGGCCGAGGCGUACAAUCGUCUUUCGCCGGGUUUCCAGGAGAGACUGCACGGCCUCAAGGCCGUCCACUCUGGCGUCGAGCAGGUCAACAACAGCCUCAAGCGGGGUGGCGUGAACCGCCGGGACCCCGUCAUCAACGAGCACCCCAUCGUCCGGACGCACCCUGUCACGGGCGAGAAGGCGCUAUUUGUCAACCCGAACUUCACUCGGGAGAUCGUCGGAUACAAGAAGGAGGAGUCGGACGCCAUCUUGAAGUUCCUGUACGACCACAUCGCCUACGGCGCCGACUUCCAUGUGCGCAUCAAGUGGGCCAAGGGCACUGUCGUCGUGUGGGACAACCGUGUCACGCAGCACACGGCGCUCUUGGACUGGAAGAACGGUCAGCGCCGCCAUUUGGCCCGCAUCACGCCUCAAGCGGAGCGGCCGUACGAGACGCCCUUCCGGGCUUGA